AUGGACGAAGAUGGUUUUUCGCAAUGUCCCAAACACUUUUCAAAACGCGGUUUUGUUGGAGGCGGCGUUUGCCCUUUCUGUCUCCACGAACGACUCUCUUCCCUCUGUCCUGAUUGUGCUCACGAGCUUCCCUGUUCGUGUAGCUCACGCGCCGCCGUGUCUUUUUCUCCGUCGUCUUCUUCGUCUUCCUCCUCGUUCUCCCUCUUUUCCGGAGAUAUCAAUUUUAAUUUCUCCGGGACCGGAUCGGUAGGCCGAGUCGCGAGUUUGAUAGAAUGCGAACCGACGUUCCGGAGAUCGAAAUCGAUGGCGGUUCCGAUUAAACCGGAUACGGUUAUCGAUUCCGGAUCGGGUCUACAAUCGGAUCGUGGUAGGAGCAAGAAAACGUCGUCGUUUUGGAGGAUGUUUAUGGGAAACAGAGGAGGAGAUACGAAGCCGGCGAUCAUGAGGAAGUCGAGAUCCGUUGCGGUCGUCGGAGAUUCGAGAUUUUCGCCAGCUCCGGUGACGGUAAAAGGGAAAGGAUGGAAUUUCCCGAGCCCGAUUAAAGUUUUCCGGCAAUCGAGAGUAUCGAAGAUGAUAUUUCACCAACGGUCUCCAUUGUACAGAGGUUGA